AUGCAACUGUGCAAGCUUCUCAGCGUCCUCAGCCUGGCCAUCGGAAUAGCCAGCCAGACUACAACAUGCUACUGGCCUAACGGUAUAGCCACCACCGUACCGAAGCCAUGUCCUACACCUCAAGGCAAAGCAGCGGCGGCCUGCUGCUAUGACGACCAUUAUUGCCUGACGAACGGCCUUUGCGUGGACCCAAGCGAUGACACACUGUACCGUGGUGCUUGUACCGACCCUAAGUUUGACGCUGACGGGUGCCCCAAAUACUGCGACAGAUCUGAGAUUAUCGGCGCAGAUCCUGCUACACACAAUGGUCUUUGGGGUUGCGGCUUCACCGCGGUUUACGCAUGUAACCACCCAAGUUUCUGCCUUCAGGCAAACUUUACAAUCGAGCAGCCUGGCAAAAUUAUGUUGAACACUGCCGUCGACGGAUCUCGGAAUCACAGCAACAGCCACGAGCUCUAG